CGCUGAACAAGGUCGCCUUCGCGGGCGCUUCGGUGAAGCAAGGCAGAAACUCGUAUCGGCAGGGAGGCCCAAGCUCCACGAGUUCUAAAAGCCUAUAUAUGAAGAUAAAAACCCUUUUCCUGCAGCGACGAAACCAUCUGUCUAUGAAAUGAAGCCCAUUGACACGGAUUUAUAAACCCCCCUCUGCCGCAAGUGUCGAGGUCUGAUUACUGCCUGAUUUAUAUUUAAAAGAUGGUCCAUAUAGCGAUAGUAGGAGCAGGAAACGUCGGGCGUGAAAUCGUCGAGGAACUUGCAGCGCAGGGAAAACAUCAAAUCACCGUCUUUUCGCGAAAGGCUGAGCUGCCUGAGUUCUCAAACCCUGGUAUUGCUGUGAAAAGGGUUGAUUAUAAGAAUCGAGAUGAGCUCGUCGAUUCCCUGAAAGGUGUCAAUACGGUCUUGUCCUUUGUCAGCAAUGACCCCGAAAGCAAGACGCAAAAGGCACUCAUCGACGCAUGUAUAGCCGCUGGGGUCAGAAGAUUUGCACCAAGCGAGUGGGGCCUGCGGAGCGAUGCAUACCUGCCAGGCCAAGAGUUCAAGAGGGAGGUCCACAGAUAUCUUCAAGACAUAAAUGCCGACAGGCAAGUGCUAGAAUAUUGCUUGUUUCAACCAGGGCUCUUCAUGAAUUACUUGGCAUACCCAUAUAAGACAACCCAGUACCUGCACAUUACACCGCUUUUUCUGAGUGUAAAAGAGAAGCAAGCUAUCCAGGUGGAUGAUGGAGCAGACUGGCUUGUCUUCACAGACAUUCAAGACAUGGCGAAAGUUGUCGCGCGAGCAAUCGACUAUCAAGGAAAUUGGCCCGAGAUCGGCGGUAUGGUUGGAAGUAGGAUCAGGAUGAAAGAUCUGAUCAAGCUUGUCGAAAAUGUCUUAGUGGACAAGAAGAAGAAGAACAAGAUGAAGCUAACGGAAUCAGGAGAGUCAUUGACGAUUCAUACCGUAAAACGGGAAGACCUUGAGAAAGGGCAGGCACAUCUGCCUUGGGUGCCGCCGCUCAGCCACCCGAAAAUCCCCGUCGAGCAGCAAGAGGCUGUCGCGCGGCGGAUGUUUCCGGAAUUCCUCAUGGCCGGGGUCCGUGGAGAUACCGACGUGGAGCCAAGCUGGAACAAGAUCAUGCCGGAUUACGAGUUCACAGACAUCGAGGCCUUGCUGCGGAGGGCUUUGCCGCAGAAAAGCUGA